AUGGGUUUGUGUCACUUUUAUCGAGACAAUGGGGCUCUGGAUAAAUUUGAUCUCGGGAGUCAAGGCUGCGAUCGGGUAUUGAUGCAAAUGCGCCAUUGUUCUUUGUGUGCGGGCUAUCCCCUUGUUCAUCCGUGUCCCUCAUUUUGCGAAGUCACGCUGACUCAUUGUCUUCGACUAAUCAAUAAACUACAAACACCCUGGACCAACAUUAUUAACACUCUGUAUGAGCAAUUGCAGGGUUGGUCGAAUCCGCCUAACCUAAUACUCAAGAAUAUCAUCAUCUACUCACCUAGAGCCAUCCUCGAAUUCCAAAAGACAAUCCUUAAAUCCGUACAAGACGUCGCUCCUUUGGACUGCCGAUUCGCGUACAAUCUCAUUGAAGCUGGAACAGACAGAUUCCCAGAAAUGCUUCCACAUUUGGGUCGUGCUCAAUCUGCAGUACCCUUGCCAAUACAGACUCAAUUUAUGCGGAUUUCGCAUAAGAUGCAAAGUCUUAAGGGAUUGUGGAUUAAUGCACCCUCCAAAAUUUGUCGUGAAUCACCACAUCUUUCUCUGUCAACUACAGGUUCUUUGCAGAAGUGCUGGAAUGGUUCUGCUGUUGGGGCGUGA